AAUAGCCAGUCCGCCCUGAGCCGUAGCUCAUAGCAGACUUGUUAUCUUAUUUCAAUUAGUGCCUUUUAAUUUGUGACAAAAUAUAUAAUAAUAAAAUUAAGAUAAAUAAAUGUAUAAAUCCUUGCAAGAAAGUGCAGUUUGGUUCAAAUUCCACCUUUAAAACGAUAGUUAAUUAAAGUGCAGUGCAUGCAAUUCGAUUGUGUAGUGCAAUUCGCUGGCGUUGUGUUAAAGUCGUUGAUAUCAAGAAUAGAAGACAUUUGGCUCGUAGUGUUAAGGUUGUGGCGCCGGCGCCGUAGCCACAUUGCGACGUAUGAGCGAUGCGAUGCGCGAAAAGCUCGCGAGACUACUUCGCGGCUCUAUCGCUGCGCAGACGCAUACAGUCACCACGGACAAAUUUCAAAACGGCACCACUCAUCCUGUACUGCUUUAUUCUGAUGAAGGGAGCGCACGCGAAGGCGGAUUGGUAUGGCGCGGGUGUUCCGGGGACUGCGACGCGGAAGAUGGCUCGGCGGGAACGCUCGCCGAUGGCAACGCCAACCCAGGAGACAAGGUAGAGUUGGAGGGGUCGGACGCAGCUCCGGACGACCCUGUUCACCUCAAGAGACGGGUGGGACUCUUCAGUGGGGUGGCUCUAAUCGUCGGUACUAUGAUCGGUUCUGGAAUAUUCGUGUCGCCCUCUGGGCUUUUGGAGCGUACAGGCUCAGUGGGCAUAAGCUUCAUUAUAUGGAUGGCGUGUGGGCUGCUCUCGCUGCUUGGAGCGCUCGCGUACGCGGAGUUAGGAACGAUGAACACCUCCUCUGGAGCUGAGUACGCAUACUUCAUGGACGCUUUCGGUGGACCACCGGCGUUCCUCUUCUCUUGGGUGUCAACGCUGGUGCUGAAGCCGUCUCAGAUGGCCAUAAUCUGUUUGAGCUUCGCAAAAUAUGCGGUGGAGCCCUUCGUGUCAGAGUGCGAACCGCCUGACGCUCUCGUCAAACUUGUGGCACUUAUAUCUAUUGUGAUGAUUCUUGCCGUCAACUGCUACAGUGUCAAUCUAGCGACGAACGUCCAAAAUAUUUUUACGGCUGCGAAACUGGUCGCCAUCGCGAUAAUCGUCUGUGGAGGAGCUUACAAACUCAUUUUAGGUAAUACGCGACAUUUACAGGAGCCCAACUUCGCAAGUAGCACCGCGACGCUUGGCAACAUCGCCACGGCCUUCUACACCGGGCUGUGGGCCUACGAUGGAUGGAAUAACCUUAAUUAUGUUACAGAGGAAAUUAAAAAUCCUUCCAAGAAUCUGCCUCUGAGCAUAAUAAUCGGCAUUCCGCUGGUGACGCUGUGCUACGCCUUGGUGAACGUGUCGUACUUGGCGGUGAUGUCCGUGAGUGAGAUGGCGGACAGUGAAGCGGUCGCUGUGACCUUCGGGAACAGACUGUUGGGCCCCAUGGCGUGGCUGAUGCCGCUGGCUGUUACUAUAUCAACUUUCGGCUCGGCGAAUGGGACUCUAUUUGUUGCGGGAAGGUUGUGCUUCGCAGCAUCUCGGGAGGGACAUUUAUUGGAUAUACUUUCGUAUGUCCAUGUACGUCGGUUUACACCCGCCCCGGGACUUAUAUUCCAUUCUCUGAUAGCGGUGGCGAUGGUGCUGUACGGAACCAUAGAUUCGUUAAUUGAUUUCUUCUCGUUCACUGCCUGGAUAUUCUACGGUGGGGCAAUGCUGGCGUUGAUUGUGAUGAGAUACACCAAGCCUCACGCGCCUAGACCAUACAAGGUGCCGAUUAUAAUUCCCUACAUAGUCCUGAUUGUGUCCGCGUACUUGGUGGUCGCUCCGAUCAUAGACAACCCUCAGUGGGAGUACUUGUACGCGGGAGCUUUCAUCCUCGCCGGCCUGCUGGUCUACCUGCCGUUCGUCAAGUGGGGAUACUCUCUUCCCUUCAUGGAUAAAAUUACAGUGUUUCUUCAGAUGGUUCUAGAAGUGGUGCCAACGUCGACGACUUUUGAAUAUUGAUAGUCCGCGCUGGACUUUAAAAAGGCAUUUUAAAACGAAAUAUUUUGGGUACUUGUUAUUUCUUUGAGAUUCUUUCUUAAUAUUCGGUGAUGGAUUGUAAUUGUAUAAAAUUGUAAUCUAAACCUUACAAAAUAUAUUCGGACCGUUCAGCAUGUCGUAAAAUCAAUUAUUUUUUGACUGAUAUAACAGGUUCCUUUUUAUAUUUUAAAAUUAUUAUCAUAUAAUUAACAUAUAAAUACUUUAUACAGUUGUUGUUUUUAUAUAUAUUUUUUUCAUCGGAGUAUGAAUGUUUUGAAAAAUAAUAAUAUAUCGCAUAACCUUAUGUUUAGGAUUGGCUUAACCUUUUUUCUUAUUGUUACUGUUAAGCCGUUUAAUUUAGAUAGUUCCUAGCGGAAGCCGUACAUCUCCCAUUUCAUUAGAUUGCACGAAUCAUUCCGAAGAGCGUGUGCAUCGAGGUUUGGCCAAAAUACUACGCAAAUUUCAACAGAGUUUUGCAAUAUGUAGUACUUUGUUAAAAAACAGCAAUAUAUGAAGAUGAAGGUGUUUGAAAUUAAAAAUGCAUAUUUGCGAUAGAAUUUGAAAAUAAAACCGAACAAAACUACGUGAAAGACCAUUAUCAAACUUAUAUACGGAUAUUCGAUUUUGACAAAAAUAUAUAUUUUUUAUGUUGAAACAGAAAUGUAUUACAAUUUAUGUCACUGUUUAAAUCCGUUUGACGUUUGUAGAUUCGUGUCAAAUCUCUCGGCGCGAAGCUCUUUCGCAUCACUAUGAGUUAUUGUGCUAAACUCAUGGUUUAAAUAGUUCACGUCAUUUUUAGUUUAACUUUAAUUGUAAAAUAUUAAACGUAUAGGAUUUAUCUUAUAUUUUCACUCUUUGCAAUACUUUCAGAUCAUAAGAGAUAUUUAGGAAAAAGUAGAAAAAAAAAUUGUGUUAUUUUGUACGAAAAUUAUAUAUUUUGCUCAUUAGUUAGUUAAUUAAAUUAAUUAUUGAUUGAAUUGCUCGGAGUUACAAUAUCUGUUUUUAAAGACUAAAGUAUAGUUUAAACUAACAUUUCUACCAAGUCUGCUGAUGUUUGCGACCGGUAAAUAUUGGUCCUAUCAUUCCUUACCGGGGCAAACCUAAAUCGUCAUUUUUAUUUGAUUUUUUUUAAUAUUAAGCUUCGUUUAUUUCUAUACUGUUUUAAAACGAGUGAAAUUAAUAUAUCAGUAGUUUAAUGGAUUAUACAUGUAUCUGUUUAUAUUUUUAGUGUUGUAAAUUAUUUCAAACAUGAGAAACACUAGUGUUUUUUCUUGUAGAAUAGUUGUAACUGGAAAUCGUAGUGAAGCCCUUUAGAUAUAAUAAAUGCCCCCAAAUCCAAACUAUUUUGGUAUAAUCUAAAACUACAUAUGAAUUUAAUUUUCGCUGUAUGUUAAGCGUUCGGGCACACUUACACGUAACGAUGUGAUAUUGUUAUGGGUAAAACUAAAAUGGUUUAAUUUUGUGUACAAAUAAUAAAAAAAAAAUCGAAUACCUAUACAAAUAACCUAUGUACUUAUCUUAAAUGGAAAACAGAUUUAUUUAUUGUUAUACACUACCAAUAUAAUAAAAUUUUAAAUAAAGACAUUUAAAAAUUACAAA